AUGGCUUCAUGUCACGAGCCAUCCACUUUCAAGAGUCUUUGUGCUCAUCCAUCAACUCUCACAACUCCAUUCGAUGUUUCACCCUAUUCCUCAGCUUUUCAUCUUCCCAUUCAUCCAGCUCUUCUGUCGAAUUCACAUCUGCUACAUCUGAAUACUUAUAACCCAACAUCCUAUGAUCCAACUGAUCGACUCUUCGAACAAAACAAUAAUAACAGUGAGAAAGCUGAAUCUUGCUCAUCCCGAGAUAGUAGUCAUGACUCAUCAUCCCCCACCUCAACAGGAGGAAGCAGUCGGGAUAAUGUGAUUGUGAGAAACGAAUCAAAAAGGAAGAAGGAUCAAGUAAAAGAUGAAGCGUAUUGGGAGCGUCGACGAAAGAACAAUGAUGCAGCAAAAAGAAGUCGUGAUCAGCGGAGAGUAAAAGAAGAUGAAAUGGCUUUGAGAGCAGCAAAUCUGGAACAUGAGAACAUGUUACUUCGAGUUGAAUUGGAUCAGUUGAGAGCUGAGACUGACAAGUUGAGAACACUGAUAUUAACGACACCUUCGACGUCAAUUACAAUUCCUAUACCAUUACAUCCAAUUGCUCCGCUAACUCAAUUAGCUCCUACAACUCUUCUCACUACACAAUCUCCAUCUUCAGUGAUAACAACGAGUCAAAUAUUUGCACCUCUUCCUUUAAAAAUCCCCACAACCCCUCCCCCAUCAUCGCUUCUUCGAAGUACAAUGACAACACAACAAGCGAAGAUAUUGUGUUGUGGCGAUGUAAACGGAAAUUUCGUGGAGCUAAUCAAAAAACUAACAGUAACCGAGAAAAAAAAUGGUCCAUUCGAUUCGUUGUUCUGUGUUGGAGAAUUUUUUGGUGACGACGAUGAAGCAAACGAGAAAGUGAUCAAUGGCAAUAUUGAAUUUCCUAUUCCAACAUAUAUUUUAGGCCCCUCAAAUCCACGGUACAGUUACCUCUAUCCAGAAGAGUCCAUCGAAUUCUCCUCAAACCUGACAUAUCUCGGAAAGAAAGGACUUCUAAACACAGCAUCUGGUUUACAAAUUGCUUAUUUAAGUGGUGUUGAAGGAACAUCUAAGGAAAUGAGUUGUUUCGAUAAAUCUGAUGUCGAAGAGUUAUUGAUUCCUCUGGGCACUCAAGUCGGUUUUUCUGGAACUGACAUUCUUCUAACCUCAAUGUGGCCUACCGAUGUUGCUCGUCACUCUCAUAAUCAACCAAGUAAACCACCAGCAGGAUCAAUAUUACUAGCAAAGCUAGCCGCUCAACUGAAACCUCGUUACCAUUUUGCUGGACUCGGAGUUCAUUAUGAACGACAACCGUAUAGAAAUCAUCGAGUACUUCUGGAACCAGCAAGACACACUACACGGUUUAUCGGAUUAGCUCCUGUUGGGAAUAAAGAGAAACAGAAAUGGCUGUACGCUUGCAAUGUGAAACCAAUGAGAAAGAUGGAGAAGGAAGAACUGACUGCUCAACCACCAAAUGCUUCGGAGUUCCCAUAUCGAGAGUUACUCGAAGAAGUUGCUGCGAAAGAAACCCUCGAACGGAUGAAUGGCAAAGGGCAGCGACCAGAAGGUUCACAGUACCGAUUCGAAAUGGGUGGUGGAGAGGAUGGCGGAGGAAAUGGAAGAAAACGAUACAAUGAUGGCGGUAACGAUGGACCACGAAACAAGCAACCAGCCGGACCAUGUUGGUUCUGUCUCUCGAAUGUUGAUGCUGAGAAACAUCUUGUUGUCGCUAUUGGAAGUAGCUGUUAUGCAGCAAUGCCGAAAGGACCUCUCACAGAUGACCAUGUGAUGGUGCUCUCGGUUGGACAUAUUCAGUCACAAGUAUCUGCUCCCGUUGAAGUUCGAGAUGAGAUUGAAAAGUUCAAGAAUGCGUUUACACUGAUGGCUAAUAAACAAGGCAAAGCACUGGUCUCAUUUGAACGGAACUUCCGCACACAACAUUUACAAGUUCAAAUGGUUAUGAUAGACAAAACAUCAACGAAAGCGUUGAAGUCAUCGUUCACCUCCGCUGCCGCUUGUGCUGGGUUCGAGUUGGUGACGAUGGGACCUGAUGAGAAUCUCCUUGACAUGGUCAACGAGGGAUGCCCGUAUUUCGUCGCUGAGCUCCCAGAUGGAUCCAAAUUGUUCACUCGAAACAUGAAAGGAUUUCCAUUGCAAUUCGGACGGGAAGUUCUCUCAUCCACUCCGAUUCUUGAUUGUGAAGAUAAAGUGGACUGGAAAUCGUGUGUCUUAUCGAAAGAGAAGGAAACGGAGCUUGUGAACAAGUUGAAGGCAGAUUUCAAGCCAUUCGAUUUCACUGCAGAUGAUGAUUCAGACUAA